AUGAAUAAGCAAAAACGUAAGGCUUUGGCAGUACUUAUAUCUUCAAUUUUGGCUAAAUGGCGACGUGAUCGUGCCAAAUGAAUAAAAAGAGCUGUUUGGAUAAAACAGUGGAUCACUAGGAGGCAUAAGCAGGGUGCUCAUGAUAACCUUUUACAGGAAUUGUCUGAAGACCCAAACAAUUACUGUAGCUUCUUAUGUAUGGACAUACAGUCCAUCAACUUUUUGCUGGAGAAGGUCAUGCCGCCCAUCAAAAAAGAAAAUACAGUUUAGAUCUUCAAUUUGCCUUUCAGAACGACUGGCUAUCACACUGAGAUUUCUGGCUACAGGUACGGUAAAUGAAAUGUAAUAACAUUUAUAUCUAAAGUUUUUAUUAAGCAUAGAUCCACAGUACCAAUUAAUUUCUUGUAAAUAUUCUUUCCAGGAGAAUCCUAUAAAAGCCUGUCCUGCUUGUACCAUGCUGGUAAAAGUACCAUAGGAAAGAUUGUGCCCAAACCAUGUGAGGCAAUCUAUCAAGUUCUUCAUGAGGACUUGUCAUAGAUGGCUUGAGUGGUGCGUGUGGGUGGUUGUUUGAACAUUUUAUUUAGAUAUAAAUUAAUUUUUGGUCUUAGAAUACAACUCACAGAAUGGGUUAAACAUUAAGUCAGAUUCUGGUUAAAUUCCUAGUUAGACAGUAAGUUGGUAAAGAUAUUUCUUGUCACUUUGUCCUUGCUAGGACAAGGCUGACCUCCAAGACAUUUUUUAAAAUGUAGGUUUUGGCCUACUGUCCAUUUGUCCAUUUCUAACAUGUAAGGCAUUUGCCAUUUAGGGUGGAUCAUUGUUUUUGUGUUAGAGGUACCAACAUAUUGUUAAACAUCUUUACAAACUAGAUAUAAAACAAGUUUUCUUAGGAAAUUACCAUUGAUUUUAUGAGGUUUAUAAAAACUAGCUACUUCAAAGAGAAACUGGAUUGAACCAGGUGCUUUGAAGCUAGGGUUAGGACAAAUGGACAAAUAACCAAGUGAUAAGAGAUUUGUGUCUUUCUGAUUGGUUUAAGGAAAAAUCAUGAUGUCACUGAGAGACUGCAUUUAAACUGAGAAUACUGAAAUGUUCUUGGUAUUGCUGUGAUCCGUGCAUGGAAAGAGGAUACCUGCAAACUGUUGUCACCAUGUAACCUUUAAGAUGUCUGGUUGUAAGUUUGCAACUCAGAACUUUUAUCUUCAAUAAACUCUACUUAUCUGGACUCAACAAGAAGAAGCCCACAACUUCUCUUUCCUUUCUUCUUUUAUUUCUUAUCUCAACAUUGGCGAGCCAUCCUAUUUGAAAAAAGGACCGUCGUUCUUAGCUAAUGUUUUUUUUAAAAAAAUCGGGGAGUUUUGUAACCUGGACUGCGGUGACGACAUUCCAUGCUGCCCAACUGGCCGGAGGGAUCACAGCUGAGAGGCGGAGACUGCUUCCAGAUCAACAGGCAGCCAGAAAACAACAGGAACAGACUGAGACUGCGCGGAUCAAACCAGAAACUCAGAUAAAAUUCAUCUUAGGAUAAGAGGAGACAUCUACUAGUUUGGAGUGGACUGUGAUUGGAAAUCAACACGAGAUGGGAUUCUUCCAUCACAACCGUAAAUAAAACACAACGCAAUAAAGACAAUACAUCCAGCUGCAGCUUGAUCUACAAAUGGGAAAGCAGAGAUGAACCGGAUAGAGAAUUGGGAAUUGCAGAUUUCUGAUGUUAUCACUCCUAUAUGAAUGGGAAGGUGAUAAAAUGACUCUUAAAUACCCAAGAAUUGAACAAUUUGACUUGAUAAUAAAAAAUAUUUGAAUGGACACACAUACAAAAAAAACAUAUUUAGGAAAGCAGCUAUUGUUGUGAUAAGCAAUAAAAGAAGAAGCGAAAGAGAAGUUAUGGGCUUCUUGCUUUCGAGUCCAGAUAAGUGUAGUUUAUUGAAGAUAAAAGUUCUGACUUGCAAAGUUGCAACCAGACAUCUUAAAGGUUACAUGAUGACAGUUUGCAGGUAUCCUCUCUCCAAGCACGGAUCAGAGCAAUACAAAGAACAUUGAGCAUUUUCCAGUUUAAAUGUGGUUUCUUGUGACAUCAUGUUUUUCCUUAAAACCAAUCACAAGAGAACACAUUUCCAAGUUUUUACAAUCUUAACUCUUUGAUGGGAGGAAAGAGAGAGAUAGCUUCCUGGAGUUCUUUGAAGUUUCCACCAUGAGAGACACCUAUUGUGUCAGAGGUGUCACCUCUCUGGUACACCUCUUACAGGAGACAUGGAAGUAGCUCUCACAGAUCUCCAUUUGUCUGUCUUUCCCACGAUUAACAAGAAACAUUACUUCAUUCUAUACUAAAUCUAAAGUCUAAUCAAUUUACUUAUUUCUAAAUAAAUGUAUUCCUACAGCUAUGGUUUGAAUCAAAGAACUAUAGUCUGAUUAUGCAUAAACCAUGGGGAGGAAUAUGUAUAAUGAUUGAAAGAAUUAUGCGAGUAGCAACACAUAGUGAUCUGGUUUAAUAAGAAUAUAUUAUUAUUAUUUGUUUAUUUAGCGGACGCCUUUAUCCAAGGUGACUUACAGAGACUAGGGUGUGUGAACUAUGCAUCAGCUGCCAAGUCACUUACAACUACGUCUCACCGGAAAGACGGAGCACAAGGAGGUUAAGUGACUUGCUCAGGGUCACACAAUGAGUCAGUGGCUGAGGUGGGAUUUGAACCGGGGACCUCCUGGUUACAAGCCCUUUUCUUUAACCACUGGACCACACAGCCUCCUUGGAGGUUAAUAGAAUAUUAACUUCCUAGAGAUGGAAAAUUUAAACAGUUGGAAAAAUUUGAUAGUUACAGGAGUGAGUAACCUCCAUGUCCUGGAGUCACAAUUGCACAUAUAAAAUUAUUUAGAACAUAAUUUUAAUAUUAUGCAAAUUAUAAUAAUUAAGAAUGUCAUCAACUGUAUUCCAUGCUCAAAGAGAACGUAUCAUUUUUGGACUAGAACAUAAGAUUGUUUUAAAUCAAGUUGAUAUGUACUAACACAUGUUAUGUAUAAUGUUACUAACAUUAUUAUUAGGUUUGAUUAGCACUGCAGAAUGUAUGGAUAGAUACAAGGGUGCUGGAACUAGGGGUGCUGGGGGUAUGGUAGCACCCCAUUGGCUUUGCAUGGCUUCCAUCACAUACAGAGGUUACAGUUUUGUUCAAUGGCUUUCAGCACCCCCACUUUAAAAAUUGUUCCAGUGCCACUGGAUAGAUAUAGAUAUGGUUAAAUCUAUUGAAAUGGAAUAAUAUCUCAUUAGAAGAGAUAGGGAAAAAAGGCAGUGUAGAUUGAAAAUGAUUAAUAAUGGAAAUAGUGCAUUCUCAGUGAUCUCACAGAAUUUUUAUAUGGUAAAUAUAGGUGAAAAGCACACCCUGAUUUUCUGGUUUCCAUUAGCGCACAUUGUUCAGAUGAGCCUGGUCUGAUAUCUAAUAAGGGCAGCAGUGUGGAGUAGUGGUUAGGUCUCUGGACUCUUGACCGGAGGGUUGUGGGUUCAAUCCCUGGUGGGUGACGCUGCUGUACCCUUGAGCAAGGUACUUUACCUAGAUUGCUCCAGUAUAAACCCAACUGUAUAAAUGGGUAAUUGUGUGUAAAAUAUAAUGUAAUUGUAUGUAAAAUUAAUGUGAUAUUUUGUAACAAUUGUAAGUUGCCCUGGAUAAGGGUGUCUGCUAAGAAAUAAAUAAUAAUAAUAUCUACCUAGAACAUGAAUCCAUUGUGUUUACAGACACCCGCAGGUGAAGAUGAGGAAAAAUUCUGACAGAGAGCAAAUCGAAGCUCCUUGAAAGCCAAAAGAGAAAUGGGCGUGGCUCAUAUGAACAGCAAAAGUCCUGAAUUAGGAUGGGUGAUCUGUUGAAGAAACUAAUAAGCAUAUUUUGGAAUCGGAUAUUCAUAGCAAAUUAAGGGGAUGAUGGUAAUUAUUGGUCUCAGGAACCUAGUGAAUGUUUCUAGAGCAAAUAGAAAAAAGACAGUUGGGAUAUUAAUUGAUAAAUACAAAGUUGUGAAAUUAUUGAGAAAUAACUAAAUUCUUUUGAAUCUUUUUCUGAAUAACUUUUAAAGUCUUUAGAAAUCUUCUUUCAUUUCUUUAGUUUUAGUUUAAAGUAGCACAGAGCAACAGAGAUACAUGGAGUGUAGGCGAGCAGGCGAACCCAGGCGACCCCAGGCGAACGGCGAGCUGACGACCCCAGGCGAAGCAGUUCUGGUGACCUCAGGUGAAGCAGAGUCGGGUUGGAGUUGGCCUCUCUGGCCAUUGCUGCGGUGGGGCUGGCCCUCCUCGCAGCAGCUGCGGCCGGGCUGGUCUCUGCCGUGCUCCCGUCAGCAGCUUAUGCAGUGGCUGCUGAGGAAUGUCAGCAUCACGUCCUGUUCCCUCAUCUAGUGGAGGCAGCGGCAGCUCCUGCUCCUCUCCUCCUGGUGGAGACCGAGGUGGCUCCUGCUUCUCUCCUCCUAGCUCCAGACCCUCCGACAGCGACAGCGAAAGCUCCGGUGGUGUACUCGGGAGGGGAGCCCCUGGCCAUGAAGGCGGCAGCGGGAGCUCCACUUCUCCCUUGUGCUCUGUAGCUGACGGCUUCCUUUUCUGGGGCUCCGGCCCCAGACUUUCCAGCAGCAUAAAGGCUGCUCCUGGAGUUAACACCACCUUGGGCUGCAUCGUGGCGACAUCCCCAGGCGUUGAUGUGCAGGCAUCCCCAGGCGGUGAUGUGCAGGCAUCCCCAGGCGGUGAUGUGCAGGCAUCCCCAGGCGGUGAUGUGCAAGCAUCCCCGGGCGGUGUCUUGGAGGCACCCCCGGGCGGUGUCUUGGAGGCAUCUCUGGGCGGUGUCGUGGAGGCAUCCCCGGGUGGUGUCGCGGAGGCAUCCCCGGGCGGUGGCAUGGAGGCAUCCCCGGGCGGUGACAUGCAGGCAUCCCCGGGCGAUGGCGAUCUGGCAUCCCAGGGCGAUGGUGAACUGGCAUCCCCGGGCAAUGGUGAUGGUGGCUCGGCGGUGCAGGCUUGGCGGCCCUAGGUGGUGCAGGCUUUGCAGGACAGGGCAAGAGUUGACCCUUGGGAGGUAGUUGCACACCAUGGCUUAGAUGGCUGGGAGGCUGGGCAAUGGUGGUGUUCCCAGGCUUCCCAUUGCUCCCCAUCUCUGGCCCAUAGCAGGUCGAUCGCCAUCGGGGUGGCCUCCAUGAUGUCCACCUUAGGGUUCAGCAGCCAGUUCCAUAUCUCCCUCGACAGCGUUGUACGCUCGUGCUCCCCUCUCGUGCGCGCUGGACGCUUAGGUUUCUCCCUUGUGGGCGCUGGAGCUUGCACUGACUUUUUCCCCUUCUUCUGGGGAUGGCCGCUCCUCCCCUUCUUCCUCUUCGGAGCAGGUGGCUGAAGGGGCCCGUGUACGAGGACACACACUGUGGACUGCCCGAGCUACGCACAUGCAAAGCACCACUCUUCCCCUUUGAGGCAGGUGUCCUGGUCCGUCUGCGGCGAUGGUACGGCCUUCAGACAGAUCCAGUCCUCUGUCGUCUCCACCUCACCUCGAUAGAAGGCCUUCAUAAAGAGGAGGUCUUCCCAGGGGCAUACGUCCAGGAGGUGCCCAUGCCCCAGGUAUGCAAGGCACCAGGGAGCCCCUUUGGCUUCCAGCUGCCGCUGGUCAUGCCACCACUCCAUCUCUUCUUCCCAUCCUAUUUUCUCCUCUUCUCCAAAAAAAAAAACAAUCAACAAAAAAAUCCUUUCCAAAAACACACACAAAAAAAAAUGUUUUUUUCAAAAAAAAAUCACCCUGGCCUGAAUGUGGAGGCGCUGUUUCCCACUUCUGAGCACCAUCUGUUACAGAUAGGCUUGUGGGUUAUUUUUAUUCUUACUUUCUUUAUCUCACGACUCGUGUCUCUCAUUGUCCACUCUGAACACCAACCCCGAGUGAGAAAUUCAUGCUCCUUUAAGCAGCUGUACCGGGACUUGAUUGCUAAUCAUUUAAUCUGAACCUCGGGUCAGUCUGCACAUGAAGUAAUUGUGACUUCCCCGUGCCCACAUACCAAUCAUACAUUUUAAAUCAUCAGUGCUACAUAACCCAUACUAUACAAAUAAACCAAAUACACAUAGGGGCGGGGGUACCCCGUCACAAUAUCAUUGUUCAUUUUUUAUAUACCUGAAAAUUUGACUUUGAUAUGCUCUUCUUGAGGUGGGGUUCCAGGAACCUUAGGUGGUGUACCAGCCACUCCUGCCUCUUGGUUCCUGUCUUGGCUGAAGUACCACUGGGUGGGGGCUUUACUAGCUUCACAAACAUCGUGCGCAGAGUGUGCAUAUGAGCAGCGAUCCUUUCUUUUGAAAAAAGUUAAGCGCAGCAUAUUCAGAAGGUAGGAGGGUGUCAAAGCAUUUUGGUACCCUACUGCCUCUUCAAGUCAAAAUGCUUCAAUUCACUUGGCCGCAAGUGGACCCUCCAGCAAGACAAUGACCUCAAGCACACAUCAAAAUCCACAAAGAAAUGGUUAAGUGACCACAAAAUCAACUUGUGGGCCAAGUUUCAGCCUUCUGGUAGAGGCAACCAGGUUUUUUGGCUAAAAUGUCCUGGUACUGGGUAGAGUUCAAGAUGCAACCAAGUUCUGUAAUUCUCCAGCUGUGGCCCUUGGAUUUCCCUUUGCCUCCUGAACCACCUGCCUCACUGUGCGUGGGGGCAAGAUACACUUGUGUCCUCUACCAGGCAAGUUUACCACUGUUCCAGUGGUUUUGAACUUCUUAAUUAUUGCCCUAAUAGUGGUAAGUGUUAUAUUUCGUUUUUUAGCUAUUGUUUUGUACCCAUUGCCUGAUUUAUGAAGGUCAACAACCAUUUGUCUCUUUUCAUUUGUGAGUUCUUUGCCUUUCCUCAUGGUGAUGGAUGACAAAUGGAUUUCAUAUGCGUGUUACCUCAUUUUUAUACCCCAGUGAAACAGGAAGCCAUGGAAAGCCACAAUACAGUUCCUUAAGACUGAGAUGAACUUAAAGUAGAAUGUUAAUGAAGAUUUAAUUUUGUUAGAUUUAUAAGAAAAAUGUUAUUACUUGUCAAUAAAAAAACUUUUUUUCUGAGCAAUUGUAUUAGAAUAAAAGAAUAUGGUUUUCCCAUAUA